AUGGGACAAUCCAGUAGUUCUGAAUCACCGAGGAAUUGGACCAGUGGCAAUCCCGAGAUUGACAAAUUUAUUCAAUAUAGUCAAGAUACAUCGACCUAUCCAUUAGAAUGGAUUUCUUACCACGAAUUUUCCAAUAUUAAAAAAGUUGGAUUGGGAGGAUUCGCCAGUGUUUAUUCUGCUUAUUGGGAAGAAAUAUACGGGGUAGUCGCUCUCAAAGUGCUUAAAGGAUCCCAAAAUAUUUCUGAUGAAUUUAUGAAUGAGGUAUUUCCAGAAGCAGGAAUGGAACUUUCUCUCUAUGACAAUCCAGAAACAUCCUCUGAAAACAGCUCUGGAAUUUCCAGCACCUCUAAUUCGGGGGGUGUAUAUGGAGUAUUACCAUACAUUGCUCCAGAAUUGUUGCGUGGAGGGCAAUUUACCAAAGCAACGGAUAUUUAUUCAUUUGGCAUUAUUAUGUGGGAAAUUUCAUCCGGAAAACCGGUAUAUUCUGACCGUGAACAUGAUGUAAGUCUUAAAUGGGAAAUUAUUGAUGGAUUACGUCCAAAAAUUGCAGAGAAUACACCAAAAUGCUAUGAGGAAUUGAUGAAAAUGUGUUGGGAUAAAGAUCAUAAUAAAAGACCAACAGUUGAA